AUGAGCGGAAAUUAUUACCAUCAGCAGCAGCAGCCAUAUUAUCAGGGCUACCACGAGGGUGGCUAUCCCCAGGCUGAUUACCAACAGAGACCAGCCGACUAUCAACAACAGAGCUAUCCUCAAGACAACUACCAAAACUAUCAACCUGUACCUCCUCAAUACCAGGAUCCUCACAGCCCUUACCCGCCGCAAGAGAGAGGAUUUCAACCUUCUCCAAGCCCACAACCUAGCUAUCAUCAACAAGAGUCUUCUCCCUAUGAGCAACCCCCUCAGAACUUUAACCCACAAGGAGAAGCUUCAUCCUACUAUGCGAUGUCAAACUCGCAGUAUCAAGACCAACCCCAGACAAAUGCCUGGGCACCUCAAAACCAACCCGGAAGCCAGUUCGAUGAUCAAGGUCCUGAUGAGACGGGCGAGCGAGGUCUGGCCGGUGCUUUAGCGGGAGGUACCGCUGGUGCAUUCGGCGGCAACAAGUUUGGAGGAAGUAAAACCGCUGCUGUCGCCGGUGCUCUCAUCGGUGCAUAUCUCGGUCACAAGGGUCAGGAAUGGAGACGUGAUCAUAAAGAGGAGAAGGAAGAGAGAGAACGUGAAGAAGAGGAAGAGAUGAAGAGGAAGCAUACUGCCGAAAUGGCGAGUUGGGAUAACCGCUCGCUCGCUCACGAUCGCGAUCAUCUGGUCACCACCAUCACCACCACCAUCGAAGUCGCCGUUCAAGGUCAAGAUCAUCUAGCCGCCAUCGAUAUUGGCCUAUUUGAAAGAACCUUCUUCUUUCUCUCUUGA